AUGGCCUAUCCGGAGGGCGGCGUGGACGCCACCGUGCUGGACUUCGUCGCAGACCUGUCCCUGGACUCCCCCGGGCACCCGCUCCUCUGCGACUUCGCACCCGGGGCUCCCUUUGGGGACCGGGACCUUGUGCCCCGAGAGGGAAGGCGCGGAAGGCUGGCAGGCUUUGAGGAGGUGGACCCAGGAGAGGAGGGCGAAGUAGAGGAGGGGGGGGAAGAGGAGGAGGAGGAGGAGGAGGAAGAGGAGCGCGGGAGGGGCGCCUCCCCGCUGGGCCGUCCCAAGAGGAAAAGGGUGAUCACCUAUGCCCAGCGCCAGGCGGCCAACAUCCGCGAGAGGAAGCGGAUGUUCAACCUCAACGAGGCCUUCGACCAGCUGCGACGGAAGGUGCCCACCUUUGCUUACGAGAAGAGGCUGUCCCGGAUCGAGACCCUACGCCUGGCCAUCGUCUACAUUUCCUUCAUGACCGAGCUCCUGGAGAGCUGCGAAAAGAAAGAAACCGGCUGA